AUGGAUCUACUGCAUGCCAAGGUCAAUGUGAGCCGAUCUUGUUUUAACACGAACAGAAACUCUGUGCAAGGAAGUUCAAUAAACCACACAACACCGAACAGCACUGAGUACGUUAUUCAAGUUGUCUACCCAGCAAUGAAGUUGAUUUUGGUUUUUGCUUUCGUUUUUUCUCUCGGCUCGUUAACGCUGUUGGCGGAGAGUAUUCCCCGGCAAGAAGACACCCAAGGGCUGGAGUCAAAGCAGAAUGAUCCCUCGGUAAAUUACCGUUCUGAUUCGCUGAACAGGCUGAAGAGAGAAAUCGCCUCAGGUUUGUUGAUUCAUCACCGCACUCAAAGUCCUUUGAUCGUUUCGGUGAUCUUCUUUCUAGUUUCGUCACACUCAUUCCCUCGCUUGGCUCUCAUUUUUUUGUAGAACUCCCUCGGCCGUCGCGCUCGGCUUUCACAUAGUCCCACAGCUCGAGUUUUGGGCAAGUCUCGGUUUUCUCAGACUAUAAAUCAGAUCUCUAGCUUUUCUCUGAGAUAUAUGAUUACAGUGUAUCGUAACUGAAAUUAACUACCUUAUUGGUCCUUUAUUUCGCAGGUCUUUCAAAGUAAAAGUAUUUCCGCGUUUUUGGCGAUUGAAAAAAGAAAUGGCGAAAUUAAAGACCCCCAAUUAAAAUCGUCGCGAAAUUUUAACACGCUUAAUUUGUAUAGGUAAUACCCAUAAAGAAAAUUCAAAUCACAGAAAAAAAUAUUAACAUAGCAACAACAUAUACAGGCCGUAUUGACAAAUACACAAUUGUUAACUAGUUUUACUGGUCGGUCCAUUUUCUAUCUUCGGUGGUGAAAUAACGUUAAUAGACCUUGUCAUGAUUUUCGACGCCAUCUUGACGAGUAGGCAAACGUGUGAGAAAUUACAGUGUUUGUAUGAGAAUCUACUGUCGAAUAAUUCCACAAAACGGCUAUUCUGAAAAAAAUAUCAAUCGUAAACUAACGCUACAAAGCAAAGGAUUGCACUAAAACGUUUUGGAGGCGUAUCUGUGCUUAAAUUUCUCCAGAGGCUUGCUUUAGGUUUUCCAUAUGUUUUUCUGAAAUUUUUCCCGGGACUUUCUUGCAGACAAAUGUAUCGAUGGUUUUCACAGUGACGUCAUCAGAUUGCAAAGUCAAAAAGGCGCGGUUUUACGAAUUUUUAUUGACACUAGGUUGAAUAGAAAUAGAAAAUAAAUCUUUGUACAAGUUUCCAGCCCCGAAGCAUGUUUCAUUUCGAAUUAUUAAAAUGCAACAAUUUGAACUUCCCAGUUUUCACAUUGCAUGACACCAAAAUAGGAAUGCUGUCUCAUUGAAAAAAGUCUCUUCUCUUGAUUUUCAGCAGUUUAUAACCAUUUCAAGUAUUAAAAGAUGUGUUUAUGCGCACGUAUGCUAGCUCUCGAGUGAAAAGGAAGAGCUUUUAUAGAAAAAAAGAACUCCAGAUGUUUUUGUUGAUUUCCGGCGGCCAUAUUGGUCGACAGUCACGUCUGUCCACCAAUAUGGCGUCUCCAUACAAUGCUCCACAAAGGUGCGUGAAAACGGUUUCGGCAAAUAACUCAGAAACUGUGGACCACAAAGAGCUGAGAUUUGGGCAAGUUGUUUACAUAUUAGUUUUUUUAUAACAUUUCAUUUUCUUGGCUUCUUCCACUGGACGGUUUCCAAUUUAUUUUUUUGUGCCGUUUUUAUUGCGUGAGAGUGAAAACGAAGAAUAGGAAAUCUUAAAAAAUGGUUCUAGGUAUUCUAGAGCAUGUAACACCCUCAAUUCCUUCAGUAAAAUCCUUUGGAGUGAUGCUUUAAUUUACAAUUGAUAUUUUUUCAGAACAGCCGUUCUACGGAAAUUAUUCGACAUUAGAUUCUAAUGCAAACACUUUAUAGUUAUUUCUCACGCGUUUGCCUACUCGUCAAGAUGGCAUCGAAAAAAACUGUGACAAGGUCUAUUUGCAAAGAUUUUACACAUUGGUUGUUCCAGCAUGUCUAGAAACUGUAAAAAGUUCAGGCAAUUUGAAAAAUAGAAUGAGGUUGAAAACGCUUAAAUCGCGAAAUUUAAUGCGUCUUUUUCAAAUUUGCCUGUUGAAAGCACGAAAAUAUAACCCCCUGAAAUACUCUCGUCAAAAUCGCUAAGUUUGGUACCAAUAAGGUACGAAACUCAAGAGAAAGUCUUUUCACAUUCUUGGUAAAGUCCCAAGGAAGGUUUGAACGAGCCUCUUAUUAACCGCGCAAUCUACGCUUAAAAACACCCAACCCAAGCCAUGAUAAUUUUUUUAAAUCUAUUUAAAGUUCGCGCGCGUGCUGCGAAGGUUAUUUUUGUCUGUUGUUUCCAUGUACCGCGCGGUCUAUUUUCACGUGAACGUGACAUGUUUCGCCGCCAAACAUUUGAAGUUUGACAACCAUUAUAGUAAUUAGCGCCAGGAGCAGAUACUAAUCGGCUCCUGUUGUUGAAAUGUUUUUGAUCAGCGCCUUCCGCGCAUAAUUUAGGAAUGAAUUUUAUUUACAAAGGGAUUGCAGUAUUGGAGUCAAAAUUUCACUUUGAGAUUAAAGAUUGAGAUUUUUUAUUGGUAGCCUCAUUUAAAGUAAUGAAUAUUGAAUUCUGACACAAUGUGAAAGCCAAAGGCAAAGGUUAUCACGCGCGAAACACGAAACUUUUAAUAAGUGGCUGGCUUUAAUUGUUUAUGCAAAUGUGCAAGAUGUAUUUUCUCUUUUUCCAAGAAUAUUUUUCGUUCAGAAACAGUACAUUUGCUUUUAACAAUUAUUCUUGAGAGUUUCAAACUUCUUAAUGUCUAAUACUUGCGUUUGAAUAUUUCGCUGUGCAAACACAACUCAGGUUAGAUGCUUCAAGCUGUUAAACAGUCGCUAACCUGGAUGCCAGAGCGUUUUGAUGCGCGGUUUCCGGCUUCGGUCAAUUCUUUAUAGUGAGCGGUGUGCCCACAUUUGUCUAGCGCCCUCACAAAACUCAAAUGUUUGGCGGCCAAACAUUCAUGUUUGAACCCACUUUGAACCUAUUUUCUCGUUACGUGUCCAUGGUUGGAUCCAAACGACGGUAACACAGCUCGCGGGUGUGUGUGGAUGGCGCCGGAAGAGACAGUUGUCGUUCAAUAAGCAGUUUUCGCCUAGUGGGAACCGCUUUCUCCUGCGAACUCCCACAGGCCAGGACCGUUUGCUUUUCGUCAGCUACUCCGGCCAGAUUAUUCCACGUAUAAAUCUUUUGAUUCGUCGACGAAAGUAAUACCAAGUUUGCACGGCAUAUCGCUUGCUGCGCGUGAUCGGCAGUGAAACGAAUUACCCGCCAAGUUUAAAAUUACAUGACGCCACUCUAACCGACCAAUAAGGUGGCGUCCUUAAAAUAACCACGCAGUAUGACACAGAACCAAGAAUAGAUUGAAAAUAAUUUUCAUGGGAAGAGGGUCAUGUAUGGGGGAUUCGCUCCCUUAGAUCAUUCUCUCUUACCCAAGCCGAUUCCAUCAGUUUGAAGCUCUUUGCCUUAAACGAAGAUUUUCUUAUGUAAUAUUUUCUUGACACCUCAGUUAUAGGUUUUGACUUGAUAAUUCGUUUUAAAAUGAUUUUAACGAGCAUUUCUAUUAUAUUUCAUUUUAUUGUUUAUAUAAGUGGCAUUUUGCAUAUUAAUUCACUAGGUUUAUUUUACAAGUGCAACUACUUUUGAAUUUGAAGUCAAUAAUGACAUGAGGACAUCAAAACUUCAUUACACAUUACAAUAUCGCUGAUUUUUACUCUCAAUUGUUUUCUUUAAGCUUCCGCUGUGGGAAUUUAAUAUCUAGAUUCUUUAACUAAUUGCUUCUCCUUAUAAUUAUCAUAAACUCAAGCCUUACAUGUUAAAGCAGCUAGAAAACUCGCAAUCCUGCGCUUGUACCUUACUGCAACCCUCCAAAGUUGCAGCCCGCUUUCUCUACUCCAAUUUACCUUGGGUAAGGCAGUGAAUGCUACACAAUUUCCUUGUUUGUAUAUCGUAUACUGUAUGUACAAAAAUGUUUCAAUUAUUGACCUGGGGGGUGUAAAAAGGUAUACUUUGAUUACCUUCUGCUUAAAGAGGGGGUUCUAAGCGUUUUUAAACAAAUAUAGAAACUGUUGUGCUUAUUUUAUCGAGAAGUCUCAAAAAAAUUCCAAGAGGAUAAUUGAAUUUAAUUUCAAAUUAAAAAUCAAUUGUUCUUUCAGUUGGCUGGCGCAAAGUAAAUAAAUGGGCAGUAUGUUUUGAAGCAAAAGGCAGCCAGUUUGGAAGAUUUUACGUUCCGGGGGGAAGAUUAGCUUCCGUAAAGCUGGUUCAUCUGUACGGAUACGUGUCUUGUAACACUGCAGGUCCAACUUUCUGGUCCUACUGGGGCUGUGGUGACAAUCCGUGGAACGGGUUAAACACUCAAGUCAAUGUUGUCAUCACAGAUUCAAACAACCACAUUCUACUCCCGCCAAGUCAGUUCCUUAAUACUAAGAUUACCAGCUUAAAGUGGUACAAGGUUCCCGGAUAUAAUUCCCUCUCACCAGAGCUUGUUCUGCACUUCUUUACGUCUCCCAAAUGGGUCCAUCCGAACCAAGAAUUACGCGUGUGGUACGGUGAAAACUUGGUCAAGCAAAACGGAGAUAACGGAGGAAAAGUGUGCGCUGAUGUCUAUGCUCUCUUUGUGUGA